UAUCCAAAUAACUCUCUCUCACGUCUCUCUAUCUUCUCCUUCUCUAUAUUUAGCAAUCCCCUUUACUCUUUUUCCAAGAUUAGCACCCCAAAAGUAGUGAAAUUUUGAGUUUUUUUUGGUGGGGAUUUGUGGUGAGAGCCAAGGGGGUGGUGGGUUUUCUGGGUUUUGAUCAAUUGAGUUUUUUUUGGGUUUGGGGUUUGGAGAAAUGGGACGUGGUAAGAUUGAGAUAAAGAAGAUCGAGAAUGCUAAUAGCAGACAAGUGACAUUCUCCAAACGCCGUGUUGGGCUGCUCAAGAAGGCUUCCGAACUGGCGAUUUUGUGCGAUGCUCAAGUUGGUGUUAUUAUUUUCUCAAAUACCGGCAAACUUUUUGAGUUUUCCAGUACUAGCAUGAAGCGAAUAAUUUCAAGAUACAACAAGUUAGAUUCAUCAGAGGGUGCUCUAGUAGAAUACAAGGCAGAGGAGCCUAAAGAGGUGGACAUUCUGAAAGAUGAAAUUCGAAAGCUACAAACGAGACAGUUACAGCUGUUGGGUAAGGACCUAUCCGGCUUGAGCUUAAAAGAGUUACAAAAUCUAGAACAGCAAUUAAAUGAAAGUUUAUUAUCAGUCAAAGAGAGGAAGGAGCAAGUACUGAUGGAGCAGCUUGAGCAAUCGAGAGUACAGGAACAGCGAGCUGUACUGGAGAAUGAGACUUUGCGAAGACAGGUUGAGGAGCUUCGAGGUUUGGUUCCAUCAUCUGACCGCUUGGUGCCACCUUUUCUUGAGUACCAUCCCUUAGAAAGAAAAGAUUCCAUCACAAAAUCUGUUGUAAUAAGUCCAGACGUCUGUGAUUUUGCAGUUGAGAGGGAAGAAUCAGAUACUACCUUGCAGUUAGGGUACAGUUUCUUUUUCCUUUCAUCACAAGUAAUGUUUGACUUACUGCAAAUUUGUUUGUCUAUUAUUUAUUUUGGUAUGUUGAAGUGAUGCUGAAUCAAGUGAGCUGUUCAUUGAUAUGGCCUAAAUGCCAUGUGUCUUGGGACUUAGUUCCAUAUGAUUUAGACUGUUCUCCGUUGAGAUGACUAUUGACCAUGUGCACCAGAGAAUGAUGCCCUUGCAGGAAAGGGAUGAAUUUCCACAAUAGUUGUGGUAUGAUGAUCUUCUAUAUCCUUUCAAAGGCAUCAUAUUUGCCACAAUUACUAGAUGCCGAUAUGACUACCCGAGCCGGGAGUUAAGGUUGUAGGGUUUGAUAUAGACUUGGUGCACAUUGGUGGUGGAAUUAGUUCCUGAUCAUGAAGCACUAUGGGAAUUUGUUUAAGGGUCUUGGUCUGGUGGCUUAAGUUGGUGGCUUGCCAAGGGGUGGCUGACAUGCAUCUAGCUCAUUUUGGUUCAAAUAAGAGGGAGGGGGACCAUCAUGCCUUCAUGGAACAUGUCAUCACUAGAAACUGCCAUGUCACUGUGGAAGAGACAUAAUACUCCAAAUUCUCCUUGAGUCCGAGACAUCCUUUCUCACAAGGGACUAUUGAUACUUUCUUCAAUCCCCUAUCAUCUCUCAGUUGGUUUCACUCUCCUCUCUAUUGGAGGAGAACUCCCAUGUAGGCAAGAGCAAUUGCUCAACAAAGUUGCCACUAGCCUUACCUGUUCUACUAGUGGCACCCACAUCAUCCACUCAUCCACCACUUCCAUUCCCUGUGUGAGAGCAAUUGCCUCUGAUACUUUUUCCGGCAGGCUCAGAUUUUGCUACAAUGCUUGUUUGAAACAUGCCUAGUCUUGCCUCUUGCUACAGUAGGUAGGUCAGCAUCAAGGCACUUUUGGAAGCUGGAGCCAUCCAAUUAGGAUAUUUUUACCAACUAUAGGAAGGAUUAAGGCUCAACUAAAGAUCCAAUUAAGGUUCUUAAGAGGAAUUCUAGGCUCAAUUAACUCUUAAACUUGUAGCAAAGGUAUUGUUACAUUGAACAGUCCAUAGCAUUCAAGCACAUUGGUAAAUGUCUAACACAAUCCACUACACUAUUACACUUAAACAAAGAAAACGUCUUAGUGCAUAAUCACUUUGAUGCCCCACACAGAGUCCACAUCUACCCCUCUAUAAGAGCAACUCUUGCAAGUGUGGCAUGAUCCCUAAGGUGCGUUGGUCUAACAAUUUGUUCUUUUCAUGUUUAAACUCAAUGGGGACUAAUCCCAACCAGAUCUGGUAGAUUCAUUGAUAUUCCUUCUACCAUUGGACCCUGCCAGCAGCCACUGACAUACUACUUUAUGUUCCCCAGGCUUCCCACUGAGAUUAGUCGCAAGAGGAAGGCACCUGCCAAGAUGGAAACCCGCUCCAACAACUCUGGCAGUUAAAUACAUCUACUGUAAUGCUCCUCUUCAUGGUUUCUACUUAGAAACUGAAACAACUUAAAAAAAUUGUAACUAAUGGUCAAGGUUUAGCAGUUUUUUGUAAAUGGGAAUCAUUUUCACCCAACAAGUGUCUGAUCUGCGGGUUAGACUCUUGAGAAAUCAUUAUAAUGAAGAAUGUAGAUGUUGCAUUUUCUUUUA